CCUGCCCGACCCUCUGCUUCCCUUUAGGAAUCUCACUUAUCAUUGAGAGUGCUAUCACAGGCCUCCAAGGCCUCACUGUGAGUAUGCACUCAUUGACCAGUGCAAUCACCCUCUCCCUAGGAGCUGAUGGUCUGAAGAUCAGAACAGGCACAAAAAUGUCCAAUCCUCAACUUCAUCGUAAACCCCUUCAGGUUACAAGAGAUAGAGAGUAUCUUCACCAGGAAGUCUGCACUUCUGUGACCAGAGCCUUUAGCUGGUCCUGGGGUGGCAUUUUGGGGCAGUGGUGGUGAGGAGGGGUUUAAGGCAAUGGGGUAGCAGGAAGGGUGGCAGCUGGGACCUGGAGAGACAGUGGGGUGGUCACAGGGGCCUCCUGUGGGAGGGCCUCUUUCUCCACAUGAUUUCCUUCAGUGGCCAUUUGACUAGGAUACUGGUGGGUAUGAUUUAUACAUUAAACCAGUCCAGAAGUGUGCUUGUCCCAAGACACCUCCUAUCACCCCAAACCCAUAAACAAAACCUACAGCUGAGAAAUCUUCCAAUUCCCAGCAGCCACCACUUGCAGGUUACUUGGAAGGAAGAGCACACCACCAGGGUGGACACCUGGAGGCUGAGUUGGGGUGGUAGGAUCCUGGAGGGGCUAAUACUGAAAGGGGUUCCCUGCUGCAGUGCACUGUCACCACGGACACAAGUCCACUUGUUUUACACUGCUUGGCCUGCUCCUGCCAUGGUCCCCCACACAACCAGCCGCAGUCAGCUGACUGGUAGGGACGCCUCACCUCCAUGCUCCCACCAGUGCAAAGCUCAGCCCCUCAGUCCCAGGAGGUGGGGUGGAGGACGUCCCUUCUAGACUUAAACUCUAGCGCCCAGGGCCUUUAAGGGUUAACUUCUGGGGGUGGAGAAUUCCAGGGGCUGUCUGGGAGGGAGGGGAGCUGGCCAGGCCUAGCCUCUGAGGCCCUAGAAGCCUGAAGUGGCACAGGCCGCUGGGCAGCCUCUAGGGCACACGCUGUGCACAGACCACUUCCACUUGCCCCAAACUUGAGUCAGGAGUCGGGGAAAGACGCUGAGCAUUACAACGGGUCACAGCCUGUGGGGUCGCUGCUCCCCCUCUCUGGGGCCGCCCCCUCCACCCCACCAGCGCUGGCCUUUCCCUGCGGCUUAGGGAACGAAACCCUGAAACACUGCCGGCGGCAGUCCCUCUGGCACUUCAUAGCCUACCUCCCGCCCCGGGAUGAAGUUCGGAGACCGCGGCCCUACAGCGACUCCAGAGUCCAAACUGCCCGAUGUCCCCGCCAGCGCCACCUGAUAGUCCUCUACACGCGCGACAGCAGCCUGGGCGUGGCGACCGCCAGCGAGGCGAGGCGGAGCGCAUGGUACAACACCCUGCUCGAGGUGCACCCUGAGAUCCCUGUGACCACCCCACUGUCCCUAGGUUCCAGCUCCCAAGACGACCCCAGGACCUGUAUCCUUGGUACAUUCCUGGACAUCUGGCCUGUAACACUUCGGCCUAAAGGUCUGGGGCGGACACAGGGCCUGGGCAGCGGUGGCUACCUCUUGUGCAUGGAUUCUGGGGCCCUGACCCUGCUAUGUGAGCCAGGGGCCACGGGUUCCAGAGUCGUCUGGAUAGUGCCACCACCUGCCCUGUGCUUUCCUCUGCUCAGCUUUGCAUGUGGCCACGCAGACUCUUUCUUCUUCCUGGAGCUUGGACGCUCAGCACCCACAGGUCCCAGGGAGCUAUGGCUGCAGACAUUUGAUGCUGUGGUGGCCCAAAGCAUUCACGAGAUGGUCCUGGCCGCUGUGAAGCGACUUGGGAGUGAUGCUGCAGGUGGCAGGGCUGAGUCACUGCCCAGGGAUCCCCCAACAAACACCUCCAGACCCUCUGUUCACCAGCUUUAUGAAAGCCCAGCCACUGCGGCCCAAUCAAGUGGUUUGAGCCGUCUGCGAUGCUUGGGUAGGAGGAUCGAGCAAAUCACUGAGACCCUGAUGAGGCUGGGGACUGCUGCCUCCUACCCCAAGGAGUUAGAUUGGAGUGGAGGUUCUCCCUGCCCCAUUCCUACACACCCAACAUUGGAGAGCCUCAACCGUGGUUCUGGGCUGCUUAUCAUGCCGUUGGGGGAAGCUGGGAAACAGCGGAGGUCCUGCCCUGCUCGCUGCCGUCAUCAGAGCUGGUUGGGGAGUAUGUGUGCAUUGGUUAUGGGACCAACGGCUACACCAGAAUGGGCAUUUGCCAGGCCCAACAGCUGCCUCAACUAUGUGGACCUGGACUUGAUACUUCCUCUGAAGGUAUGUGGCAAUGACCCAGGGGCAAGCGCUCUCCCUCCAGAUAGCUAUGCAGCCAUUGAGUUCUAGAACCUCAGGGGGUGCAGGUGAGGAAACCCGGCAGCCCUGCUUCCUCUAGUUAACUGAUGAAUGGGGAAGGUGGUAGGGAAAAUAGGGCAAAGUUACCAGUGUCCCCCUUCCUUAUGCCUCCUAACCUCCGCACCCUGGCCAGGAGGGGGACAACAAAGGCCCAGCCACCCUCUUGUAAGUGUGGCUUGCAGUGGCACUGAGCUGUACCUUCUAUCCCUCCUUCUGCUGAAGAAAUCCACAGGAGGUUCCCCUGAGAAGUUAAGAAUCUUUUAAGGGAGAAAAUUCUAGACCCCCAGCCUCUGCCCACCCAGGCAAACUAUCAACUUUUGGGCUUUCCCAGCUGAAGUCUGAUCCUCUGUUUC